AUGGCGAUCAAUUACAUCAAAAAUUUUGAUUUUUCACUCGCCGCUCAAUAUCUCACUGUCACCUGGGUAGUGUACAUUAUCGCAGGGGUCUUCUACAAUCUCUUCUUUCACCCAUUGACCAAUGUUCCGGGACCAAUUUACUGCAAGAUCAGCAAGAUUCCAUGGGACUAUUGGCAAUGGACUGGUCGCCUUCCUCAGAAGACUGCCAAAGUCCAUGCCAAAUAUGGAGAAAUCGUUAGAAUUGGCCCUAACGAGCUUAGUUUUACCAAUAAUGCAGCGUGGAACGACAUCUUUGGAAAAAUUCCUGGACGAGCACAGUGGCCACGCCAUCCAAAGCGAGUCCCCCAGGGUAAGAAUGGGCCCAAGAGCCUCAUGAAUACUGCCGGAAGCGAGCAUGCUCGCUUCCGUCGACUGUUGAGCCAUGCCUUUUCCGAGAAAGGUCUCCAGGAGCAACAGGGGCUCAUAACCAAGUAUAUCGACCUAUUUAUCAGGAGAGUGGACGAGUUUGCGCGUGAGAGACAGUCAAUUGAUAUUACUAAAUGGUUCGUCAUGGUGGGAUUCGAUAUUAUCAGUGACCUGGGCUGGAGUGAGCCAUUCAACUGCGUUGAAAAUGGAGAGGUUCAUGAAUGGAUCAAAACCUUUGCGGAAACCGCCUUUGACACGCAGCUUAAGUUCUUACUUCGCGAGCACCACCUGAUGUUUUUGGCUCCGUAUAUCAUCCCCAUGAAACUGCAACUCGCCCGCCUCGCUAAUUUCAAGUAUGCCCUCGCGCGGGUGGAUGAUCGUAUCAAACAAGGUGGCAUCCGUGGUGAUUUCUGGGAUCAAAUCACCAUAAAGAGUGCCGAGAAUAACGUGGGAGGCGAGGGUCUUACUAAAGAAGAAAUGGUGGUUGCUGCUGUAACACUCGUUGGAACAGGUUCACAUACCAUUUCUACACUUCUUACUGGGCUAACUUACUUCCUCGGGACCAACCCUCAUGCGAUGAAAAAGCUCCUUAACGAAAUCCGCGAGUCUUUCGUCUCACCUGAGGAGAUCAACUUUGUAACUAUCCACAAGUUAAAAUACCAGACAGCUUGCCUCAAUGAGACUAUGCGUUUAUACCCGCCUGUUAUCACCAUGCUCUGGCGCACUCCGCCCACAGGCGGCGGCCAUGCCGCUGGCAUCUUCAUCCCGGAGGGUACAGGGUGUAACAUGUCAUUCUUUGGCAUCGCGCAUAAUCCCGACUAUUUCACACGACCCCUUGAAUUUUGCCCUGAGCGCUUCCUGCCCGACCCGCCAGCCGAAUUUCUCGAUGACAACCAUGAGGCAUAUCACCCAUUCAGUCUAGGGGCGUUUAGUUGUCUGGGUCAAAAUCUCGCUAAUGCCGAGGCCCGUUUAAUUAUUACCAAGCUACUAUGGCAUUUUGACUUUGAGCUGGACAGAAACGUUGACAAGGAUUGGCUGGAUCAAAAGUCGUAUGCUGUCUUCGUCAAAAAAGAUCUCCAUGUGAGAUUUAGCCCGAGACCCAGUGUCGACCUUAGCCCUGUCUCUACUCUCAAGGCUGAUAGCAGCAACGGCCACAAGCAGUGA